GCUGUUUUUCGAUGCCGAGGGAGAGAAGGGCAGGGGAGAGGGAGAGAAGGGCAGGGGGAAAGGGAGAGAAGGGCAGGGGGAAAGGGAGAGAAGGGCAGGAGGAAAGGGAGAGGAGGGCAGGGGGAAAGGGAGAGAAGGGCAGGGGGAAAGGGAGAGAAGGGCAGGAGGAAAGGGAGAGGAGGGGAGGGGGAAAGGGAGAGGAGGGCACGGGGAAAGGGAGAGAAGGGCAGGAGGAAAGGGAGAGAAGGGCAGGGGAAAGGGAGAGAAGGGCAGGGGGAAAGGGAGAGAAGGGCAGGAGGAAAGGGAGAGGAGGGGAGGGGGAAAGGGAGAGGAGGGGAGGGGGAAAGGGAGAGGAGGGCACGGGGAAAGGGAGAAAAGGGCAGGGGGAGAGGGAGAGAAGGGCAGGGGGAAAGGGAGAGAAGGGCAGGGGAAAGGGAGAGAAGGGCAGGAGGAAAGGGAGAGGAGGGCAGGGGGAAAGGGAGAGAAGGGGAGGGGAAAGGGAGAGGAGGGCAGGAGGAAAGGGAGAGAAGGGCAGGAGGAAAGGGAGAGGAGGGCAGGGGGAAAGGGAGAGAAGGGCACGGGGAAAGGGAGAGAAGGGCAGGAGGAAAGGGAGAGGGGGGAGGGGGAAAGGGAGAGGAGGGCACGGGGAAAGGGAGAGAAGGGCAGGAGGAAAGGGAGAGGAGGGCAGGGGGAAAGGGGAGAAGGGCAGGGGGAAAGGGAGAGAAGGGCAGGAGGAAAGGGAGAGGAGGGCAGGGGGAAAGGGAGAGGAGGGGAGGGGGAAAGGGAGAGAAGGGCAGGGGAGAGGGAGAGAAGGGCAGGGGGAAAGGGAGAGGAGGGCACGGGGAAAGGGAGAGAAGGGCAGGGGGAAAAGGAGAGAAGGGAAGGGGGAAAGGGAGAGAAGGGCAGGGGGAAAGGGAGAGAAGGGCAGGGGGAAAGGGGAGAGAAGGGCAGGAGGAAAUGGAGAGGAGGGCAGGGGGAAAGGGAGAGGAGAGGAGGGGGAAAGGGAGAGGAGGGCACGGGGAAAAGGAGAGGAGGGCAGAGGGAAAGGGAGAGGAGGGCAGGGGGAAAGGGAGAGAAGGGCAGUGGGAAAGGGCGAGGAGGGGAGGGGAAAUGGAGAGGAGGGCAGGGGGAAGGGGAGAGGAUGGCAGGGAGAAAGGGAGUGGAGGGCAGGGGGAAAGGGAGAGGAGGGCAGGGGGAAGGGAGAGGAAGGGGAGGGGGAGGGUUUAGGAGGGCAGGGAGAAAUGGAGAGGAGGGCAGGGGGAAAUGGAGAGGAGGGCAGGGGGAAACGGAGAGAAGGGCAGGGGAAAGGAGAGGAAGGCAGGGGGAAAGGGAGAGGCGGGCAGGGGGAAAGGGAGAGAAGGCAGGAGGAAAGGGAGAGAAGGGCAGGAGGAAAGGGAGAGGAGGGCAGGGGGAAAGGGAGAGAAGGGCAGGGGAAAGGGAGAGAAGGGCAGGGAGAAAGGGAGAAAAGGGCAGGAGGAAAGGGAGAGGAGGGCAGGGGUAUAGGGAGAGAAGGGGAGGGGAAAGGGCGAGGAGGGGAGGGGGAAAUGGAGAGGAGGGCAGGGGGAAAGGGGGAGAGAAGGGCAGGGGAAAGGGAGAAGAGGGCACGGCCAAAGGGAGAGAAGGGCAGGGGGAAAGGGAGAGAAGGGCAGGGGGAAAGGGAGAGAAGCGCAGGGGGAAAGGGAGAGAAGGGCAGGAGGAAAAGGAGAGGCGGGCAGGGGGAAAGGGAGAGAAGGGCAGUGGGAAAGGGGAGAGAAGGGCAGGAGGAAAUGGAGAGGAGGCCAGGGGGAAAGGGAGAGGAGGGAGGGGGAAAGGGAGAGGAGGGCACGGGGAAAGGGAGAGGAGGGCAGAGGGAAAGGGAGAGGAGGGCAGGGGGAAAGGGAGAGAAGGGCAGUGGGAAAGGGCGAGGAGGGGGGGGAAAUGGAGAGGAGGGCAGGGGAAAGGGAGAGGAGGGCAGGGGAAAGGGAGAGGAGGGCAGGGGGAAGGGAGAGGAAGGGGAGGGGGAGGGGUUUAGGAGGGCAGGGAGAAAUGGAGAGGAGGGCAGGGGAAAUGGAGAGGAGGGCAGGGGAAACGGAGAGAAGGGCAGGGGGAAAGGGAGAGGAAGGCAGGCGAGGGGGAAAGGAGAGAGGCGGGCAGGGGAAGGAGGGAGAGAAGGGCAGGAGGAAAGGGAGAGAAGGGCAGGAGGAAAGGGAGAGGAGGGCAGGGGGAAAGGGAGAGAAGGGCAGGGGAAAGGGAGAGAAGGGCAGGAGGAAAGGGAGAGGAGGGCAGGGGAAAGGGAGAGGAGGGCACGGGGAAAGGGAGAGAAGGGCAGGGGAGAGGGAGAGAAGGGCAGGGGGAAAGGGAGAGAAGGGCAGGGAGAAAGGGAGAAAAGGGCAGGAGGAAAGGGAGAGGAGGGCAGGGGUAAAGGGAGAGAAGGGGAGGGGGAAAGGGCGAGGAGGGAGGGGGAAAUGGAGAGGAGGGCAGGGGUAAGGGGAGAGGAUGGCAGGGAGAAAGGGAGUGGAGGGCAGGGGAAAGGGAGAGGAGGGCAGGGGGAUAGGGAGAGAAGGGCAGGGGAAAGGGAGAGAAGGGCAGGGGGAAAGGGAGAGGAGGGCAGGGGGAAAGGGAGAGCAGGGCAGAGGGAAAUGGAAAGAAGGCCAGGGGGAAAGGGAGAGGAGGGCAGGGGGAAAGGGAGAGGAGGGCACGGGGAAAGGGAGAGAAGGGCAGGGGGAAAGGGAGAGGAGGGCAGGGGAAAGGGAGAGCAGGGCAGGGGGAAGGGAGAGGAAGGGGAGGGGAAGGGGUUUAGGAGGGCAGGGGGAAAUGGAGAGGAGGGCAGGGGAAACGGAGAGAAGGGCAGGGGGAAAGGGAGAGGAAGGCAGGGGAAAGGGAGAGGCGGGCAGGGGAAAGGGAGAGGAGGGGGGGGAAAGGGAGAGGAGGGCACGGAGAAAGGGAGAGAAGGGCAGGGGGAAAGGGAGAGGAGGGCAGGGGGAAAGGGAGAGCAGGGCAGGGGGAAGGGAGAGGAAGGGGAGGGGAAGGGUGGAUGAUAGCGAGAGCAAUUCUCACCUCCA